ACUUGAGGUCUUUUCGGAAGUCCAGGUGGUCUUGGAGGCAUCGAAUUGGACGGUAUAGCAGACAAUCAUCAGCGAAUAGACGUACAGUAGAUGUUACGCAGUCGGGCAAGUCAUUGAUGUGGCAGAGGAAGAGUAUAGGUCCCAGGACCGUCCCCUGGGGGACCCCUGAAUCUACCUUCACUCGUGUUGAAUGGCUGCCGUCUACAAGUACUCGUUAGGUCUGUGAUGUCAGGUAGGCCUUGAUCCAUUGUAGUAUGUCGGGGUUCACACCGAAAUUCUCUAGUUUGUACAGGAGUUUUGAAUGGGGAACCUUGUCGAAGGCCUUACUGAAAACUAGGAUGGCAGUGUCCACUUGUAGCUUCCUGUCGUACAUGCUGGUGAUGUCAAAGGUGGUAAUUAGUAGCUGGGAUUCACAGGAGUGUCCUGACCUGAAGCCAUGUUAUAGAUGUGUCAGUAUGUAUUCUAUUCUAUUCGCAUAUAAUAGACGAAUCAACACUUCGCCGUCGCCAUCUUGAAUUUUUGCAAAACGUAAGCGGCCCCGAAAAAAACCCGGUUAAAAACCGGGAAAAUUUGGUUAAACAAAAAUACCAACACGCACAAUUUUAAUACAGGAAAACAACACAAAAAGGACGACUAUACCAGCGUUACCGUGUGACAGCUGAUAUGUCAGUAUCUUGGAAUGUGUUUGAAAACGCUGAUAAACUAAAGACAGAUUCUAGAAACGGUACGUACGUGAAUCACAGUGACAGGGGUUCAUUACAAAUAUCUAAAAUACACAUAACGUUAGGCCUAUUAAUGCCAACUGACUGUACUGACAGUGACAUGGGUAACAACACAUAUGUGAGCAACCCAUUCUAAACCAGUAUAUUUGCUGUGACCCAUAUCAGUGUGUAUUAUAGACAUGUAAAUUUGACGUAUUUGAUACAUAAACUCAACAAAUAACUGAAGUUGACAAAUCUUAAAUUUAUUCACAAUCUCCAACAGGGUCAAGUCCCUUCUUGGAAAUCAUAUGUAACCAUGAUAAGCAAAUGUUCAGUAUAACAUAAUGCAAAUAAAUAUACAAUACAGAUUUUAUGGCAGUAUAUUUUUCUUCAUCAUACUAAUAUGCCAUGCAUACUGUAUUCAUAUGUGUGGCAGGGCUCAAUUGUACAUAAUAAGUUGAGAUUGGUGUUGCCAUGUACAAUCACGGACGUAGAUAAUCUAAUUCCGUGGUACAAUUGAACCCGGCCACACAAUAUAACAUACUUUUAAAUCUUAAACUACCACGUGCACAAUGACAAUUUGCUUCUUCAAGUUCUUGUAAUAAUUAUAUAUAUAUAUAUACAGUACAGGUAUUAUGUAAAAUAGGCCAAACAGGUUUAAUUUCAGGCAUUCAUUAUUAAAGGCCUGGGUUUUUGUAGGAAUAGUCUAAACAAACUCAUUAAUUUAUCACUCUGAUAAAAAACAAAUAAAUAAAAAAACUCAACAUGUAUCAUACAGCUCACAAUUCCUGGGAUAAUUUUACGUGUGAUAGUGUUUUAAAUUAUUUAUGGAGUCCUACUUUCACAUAUUUUUUGAACAAACUAUUAAUAAGCACAUGCCUGUGUAAUAUUGCAUUUGGUACUAUGUGCUAUUUAAGACUUUUAAUGAAACAUUUCAUUUUCAACUUUUGAUUUCAUACAAGUUUGAGUUGGAAAAAUUAGUGUUUCCUAUGAUUAUUUUUUUUGGUAAGUUGAGAUUGGUGUUGCUUAGGAAACACAAAUAUUUUCAACUGCCUAAUCAUAAAAUCAAAAGCCAAAUAUAUAUUACUUGUAUAUAUAUAAUAUAUAUGUAUAAUCAGGUCAAUGCAUUGAGUAUCAAUUUAAAUUUAAAUUCAAAAUGGCAUGGUAUUUAACAGCCAUUCGCUGCAAUUGCCAACUAAAUUCAAUGUCAAAAACAUUCAGUACUACACAGUACUAUUAAGAGUUUUAUCUCUGAUACGGUUCAGUCAUGACCACUUAUAAAUAUUUAACAAUGAAAACAUAUAAAAAACUGUUUUUUUGCAUAAUUGAAGCCGUGUACAUAUAUAUAUAUAUAUCAAUAACUGUAUGGUCAACUGUGGAUGGCAUAAGAAUACAUUAAGAGACAUCUUUUACAGAAUUCUUCAAGAUGGGUAUGAAUCCCCUGCAAGUUGAUUGUUGAUUUUAAUUUGAGUUAAUUCAUAUUUGAAAAAUGAGACAUGUCUUACAGAGUUUGUGCAAUUUCUGCAUGUAAAAACAAUGGUUACAAACUGAAACAAUGGAAUAAGGAAUUUUGUGUGGAGCACCAAUGUAAAAAGAAAUGUUGUAUUUGUCAGCAACCUUUCAAACUAUUUCCAUUCCCUACAGCCAAGAAAGAUCUUUCUAGCAGAUUAAUAUGGGCUAGAGUUGUUCAAAGGAAAUGUGGAAGUAAAAUUUGGCAACCAAAGGAGGAUUCCAGGAUAUGUUCCGAACAUUUUAUUGAUGGUGAACCAACAACUAAGAAUCCUUAUCCGUCUCUGAAACUUGGCUAUCAACAAGUCAGCGAGAUAAAAGCUCGAAUUCCACCAAAGGAAAGCCCUUUUAGUUUUGAACCAACAUGUACACCUAAAAAGAAAUUAAAAUCGGUUGACAUUUUAUCAAGUGCUACAACAGGAUUAGCUGAGCAAUAUGCUCCAGCAGCUGGAGCAGAACCCGAGAAUUUAGAUAAUCUAAAGGUUGCUAAUGAUUUCCUGUCUGAUCAUGAUUAUACAUGUAUUGAAAAAUGUCAAGGAUGCACAGACAAGUCUGCUCAUAUUUGUAAACUCCAACAAAAAAACAGGACAUUAGAAUCAGAAAAUUUGAAAUUAAAAGAGGUCCUCUAUCAAAAGUGUAAAAAACCUUUCAGUGUGGACAAAAUUCUAAGAUCAAACAAGCAGACAAAAUUUUAUACUGGCUUCCCAACUAUUGCUGCAUUUUUGGCUAUUUUUACAUACAUCACCACAUAUGUCAAAAACAUACAGUAUUGGAAGGGACCAAGUCGUGUUUGUAACCCCCUUCGUAAACAGGCCAAGAAAUACAAGCGCCGAAUUCUUACCACCAAAGAGGAAAUUGUCAUGACCUUGAUGAAAAUCAGACUUGGUCUAUUAAAUGUGGACUUGGCUGACAGAUUUGGUGUCUCAACAACCCAUGUUUCUCAUGUUAUUACAACCUGGAUCCGUGUGCUAUCCCAAGUUCUUGGAAGUUUAGUUAUCAACCCAAAACCAGAUAUUGUACAGGCUAACCUACCCCCAUCUUUCAAAAAUCCAAAAUAUAAGAGAGUUCGACAUAUAAUUGACUGCACUGAAGUGUUCCUGGAAAAACCUUCAAGCUUUGAGCUUCAGAGUGUCACCUGGAGUGACUAUAAACACCAUCAUACAGCAAAAAUUUUGCUGAGUAUCACACCUGCAGGAAUGAUCAAUUUUAUUUCAAAAUCAUGGGGUGGCCGAGCAAGUGACAAACAUGUAACAUUGAACUCAGGAUUUCUUGAAAUUAUUCAACCUUAUGAUGUAGUCAUGGCAGAUAGGGGAUUCCCAAUAAGAGAGGAUCUUGCCCUUUUUAAUGUAGAGCUACUCGUUCCUCCAGGUAGAAGAGGUGUGUCCCAGAUGACCACAUCUGACGUGCAAACUACAAAGCAAAUUGCUAACAGAAGAAUCUAUGUGGAGCAGGCAAUACGAAGACUUAAAAGUUUUCGUAUUCUCAAGUAUGAAUUGCCACUUACGCUUGUCCACCACUUAGAUGACAUCUGCCUCAUUGCUGCUGGUAUAUGUAAUUUGUAUCCACCUCUUCCUAGGUACAAAUAGUAAAAUAAGAAAUCUCUCACAGACAGUUUAAUCUCAUUAUAUUCUACCUGGAGAAAUGUGCAGCUCUGCAUUUACACACUUUAAUCAAUUAAUAUUUAUAGACAGAUUUGGCUAUAUACAAAUACUGUAUGGACAAUAUACAUAAUACAUAUAUGUCUUUGUAUCAUCCAUUCAAAUUCAAGUAACUAAAUGUAAAUAUUGUUCACUUAUGUUUGGUAAUAUUUUACAGGUGUCAUGACUAAUUGUCACAAUUAUGUUAUAACAAGUUGAGAAAGAUAACAUUGGUAUUAGAUUGAUAUCAUAUAUUGAUUUAGUACAAUUACUUUCUCAAAAAAUGAAAGAUAGAAGUGAAGCACUGUGCAUAUAUGUUUAUAUCAAUCAAUUCAACAUGCAUUGUAUAUGUAUGGAUGUAGCAUUUACAUGCAUGCUGUACAAUACCACAUCUUCACCUUUGCCAGUGAUGCUUGUGUUUGUUUAGCACAUUUAAAAUGAUACCAACUCUGACAACCCUCACACAUAACACUCCUGUCCUUCAGAUUUUGGACAUUCUCACCUUCUUUUAUGACACCUUUACAUACAGGACAGAAACAUGAAAAUUGUGGAGACACUGUAUCUACAUCCAUUGGGAUUGGCAUGCACAUAACAGCUAGGGUUGUCUUCUUUCUUUCUAGUGACUGGGUAAACAAUUCUGGUACAACAUACAAUUUGAAAAAAUCAACAAGAUUCUUCAAUAUAACACUAUAGAAGUCAGCAUACCAAGCUCUACCAGUUAUUGCUAACUGUUCCUGCACUUGGGCAUUAUACAUAGAAUAUGUAUUUAAUGACAAAUGUGAGUUUUCUCCAGUUUUCAGGUAGCUUGGUACGGAGCAUUUGCAAAAAUCUAAACAUUUGUCACAUUUUACAACAAGUGGGCAUUUUAUUUCAGCUAAACCAUCACCACAGCAUGAACAUGCGACUAACAAAUCAGGUGAAGCUGCUAAAAAGGAUUUUUUUUAUCAAUGAACAAGCCGCACUCUGAUAUUUUUACAUCCUGGUGUUGGUAUUUGUAUAAUUUUGAAAAGAUUUGUUUUGCUUUUGGUUCUGUAUCUAGACCAUAUUUCAAAGACUUUACAUUUUUUAAACAAUCUGUAGUACUAGUAUAGCCCAUCUGUCCUUGUGUAGACAGGAUAAAAACAUGAUGCUGUGAUGCGGCCUUUCCUUAAAGCUGUCCACUCAGGACUACCUGAUUGAUCCUUUGUUUGUUCCUGGAUACUCUGAAUUUCCUCUUGUGAUGGUUUUGGUAGGCUGUCAAGAAACUUCUCAACAUCUAAGUCCAUCGCCAGGUUAUUGCAACUCUUGUACUCUUCAACAAUAUAAUUCAUUGUGUAU